CCAGUUUGCCAAGUGAGCUUGUUCAUUACAGUCGAGUUCUCUCCAGUGUUUUUCGUGAAAUAUACGCUUAUUUAUAUUCAACUUCAUUUGACAUAUUAAAACAUGUUAUGUUACUCACGUAUAACACCUAGGAAAAAACUAUUCACCGAUAAAUGUUUAGCUAACAUUGCCAGCUAAGCUAACAAGUAAACACGUUGCAGAUCGUAGUCUCGGGCAGGAGUAAACGAAGACCAACGUGGUGUGUGGAUCUGGAGAUUUAAGGAAACGGUAUGAAGAAGUGGAACUGGCGAGAGGGUAGACGACAGCACAGGCGACAAGCAGCUGGUCAACGCCAUGGCUGGUACAGGGGCAACCGGCAGGCGUCAGGACGCGACGCGCAGUGGUAUGGACAAGAUGAUGAGGGACCAUCAAGCAGAGCAACCCAAAGAAGGCAGGAGAGUCGGUCUGACUCUGCUUCUCUGUCCCAACCCUCCAACUCUUCAUCUCAAUCUAACAAUACAGCACCAGAGUUGCCUGGUUUCUACUUUGACCCUGAGAAAAACCGCUACUUCCGUCUGCUUCCUGGACACAACAACUGCAACCCACUGACCAGGGAACAGCUGCAGGGGAAAGAGCGAGAGAAACUGAGACACAAUAUGCUGGCAGAGGACGAGAGGCUUAGAAAAAAAGCCCCUCGAAAAGGACUGAACACGUCUCUGCUGCUGCAGAAAAGACACGUUGGGCUGUUACCGGAGAACUCUUAUUGCAGGCUCAUCCAUGAAGUCAAGGUCAGCGGAAUGAGACGCCACAAACUGGAGAUCCAGAGCACAGACAACAGCAGCCCGAACACCGACAACUUCAGACUCAUAGUGGGGGACUCGGUGUGCGAGCGCGUGUUCACGGUCAACGACGUCUCUCACGGCGGCUGCAAAUACGGCAUCAUGAACUUCAGCAGCAGCAGCCAGGGCUCCCUGUCUGUGGAGAUGUGCGACAACCUCUACUUCACCAACCGCAAGGUGAAUUCCAUCUGCUGGGCGUCGGUCAACUACCCCGAUUCUCACGUUUUGCUUUGUCUGGUGGGCGCAGCGGACACCCCCGGCUGCGUCAGUCUGCUCCCCGCCUCUCUCUUCAGCAACUCUAAUCCAGACCAGCCUGGGAUGCUGUGCAGCUUUAAGAUAUCCACAGCCUGGUCCUGUGCCUGGUGCCUCAAUCCGCAGUUUGACAAGACGUUCAGCACCGGUCUGUCUCGUAGGGUCAUCGUGAAAGAUGCCGAGACGGGACGCACGCAGACAUACAGCGUCGGCAGCGAUGUCUUGGCUCAGCAGUUUGCCCUCAGGGUGCCCGUUCUGUUUAACGGAUGCAGAUCGGGGGAGAUUUUCAGCAUCGACCUGCGACAGCGUGGCCGCAGGGAUCACAGCUGGAAGGCCAAGCGCUUCCAUCAGGAAUCAGCCAUCACAUCCGUGCGAGUCUUACAGGAUGAGAACUACCUGCUGGCAGCCGACAUGCUGGGCCAGAUCAAGCUGUGGGACGUACGUGUGACAAAGCCAGUGCAGGAGUACAAAGGACAUCACAAUGAGCACGCAUACCUUCCCAUCCACGUCAAUGAGAGCGAGGGGCUUCUGCUGGCAGUGGGCCAAGACUGCUACACAAGGCUGUGGAGCCUAAAGGAUGGCCACCUCCUUCGGACCAUCCCGUCACCUCAUCCGGCUGCAAACGACAUGAUCCCCAGCGUCGUCUUCUCCUCCAAUUUAGGCGGCAGCAGAGGCCUCCCAGGGCUGCUCAUGGCCGUCAAACACGACCUGUACUACUUUCCAUACAACACCGACUACCAGGAGGGAGGACAGCCUCGAGGAACAGAGUGAACGUGCUUCCUCAAAUAGAUGAAUGGUUUGUUUUGGCCAUCUGAAUCAGGGGCAUUUAAGUUCUGCAGUUCUGCCAACACACCAGCCAAUAUGCAGUCUAUCAACAAGUAGUUUUCAAAACUUGUAUUGGGUGCUGUCCAGUGGUGAAAUAAAUGGUCUCCUAUGCCCUCCUCUAAACACUUUAUCUAGUUCUCCAUGGAAAACUACAAAGCCAAUAGUGGAGAAUUCAUGGGAGCUGACAGGUCAGCUCAACGGUGCUCCACUGUAACUGGGCCAUUCAGUUUCUGCAGUUAAGAAAAGACGUUUCCAGGGCUCACGGUGUCCCUAUUUUGCCUUUAUUCUGCACAGACACACUUGUGUUGUGUGUCCUCAAUUAGCAAAGGAUGCGCUUUUUCAGCAUCCCAAAUCAAUUAUUUAAUGUAAUUUACUUUGAGUCUCUCUACGCUUUGGCUGAGGUCAGGCAGAUGUGACGUGUUCUUUUGAAUCUGUUAUAGCAUGCUUCAGCGCGCCAAAUGUAACUCUGGAUCGGGCGGAAAAGCUAAAAACUGCUGGUAUGUCCUGACGUCCUCAUCUGACUGUGUGUGGUCUGCAUUUCUUAUAUUUGCACAAGAAGCAGACGCAGGUGAAAACCACUGCCUGAAAGAUGUCCACCAACCUGGUGCUGUCACCCCAGAUGCUCAUUAAUCUCAGGUGUCAAAAGAGUUGUGGAUGCCAGGUAAUCUUGCUUUCAGUCUGUAUAGAAGUGAACAACAUAAAUACAUUGUCGAUUUAAAGGUCUUUCGAGGAAUUUUACAAAACUGCUUGUUCCAUCAUUAAAGUUUCCCAAACUCUCCUUCCUCGUUUGGCUGACAUGUUCUCACUCUUGUUGAAUCUCAGAGGAAUGUAAUUUUUGACUGAUCUCUUUGUGGCAUGAUUAAAUAAAAGUGCUGCUUUCUUCAAGAAGUGCACUUACUCAGCAGGUGGCGGCUGAUGACUCCAUGGGCCUGUAGAAAGCAAUGACCUGUUCGAGUUUUAACUCGUGUUUUCUAAAUGCAAAAUCGUGGUAUGAUUAAAAAAUAUCUUCCACAAAAAGA